GGGAUAUGUACAUGGAAAUAAGAGAAGGGACUCUAACCUGAUUAUGGAUUUUGAAGAAAGACUCCUCAUUGCACAAAAGAAAAGAUAAACUAAUGGACAGCCCUCAGGAAUGAUGUCCUUUUGCCACAAUGUAAUUAAUAUUUCCUGUGAGAAAAGCAGCUGGUCGAAUGAUGUCCGAGCUUCCCUGUAUAGUUUAAUGGUGCUUAUAAUUCUGACAACAGUGGUUGGCAAUUUGAUAGUUAUUAUUUCCAUAUCGCACUUCAAGGAACUUCACACCCCAACCAAUUGGCUCAUUUAUUCCAUGGCCACUGUGGACUUUCUGCUGGGGUGCCUGGUCAUGCCUUACAGCAUGGUGAGGUCUGUUGAGCACUGCUGGUAUUUUGGAGAAGUCUUCUGUAAAAUUCACACCAGCACGGAUAUUAUGCUGAGCUCAGCAUCCAUUUUUCACUUGUCCUUCAUUUCCAUUGACCGCUACUAUGCCGUGUGUGACCCAUUGAGAUACAAAACCAAGAUCAAUAUCUUGGUUAUUUUUGUGAUGAUCUUCAUUGGUUGGAGUAUUCCUGCUCUUUUUGCUUUUGGAAUGAUCUUUCUGAAGCUAAACUUCAAAGGCACUGAAGAGAUGUAUUACAAAUACGUUCACUGCAUAGGGGGUUGCUCUGUCUUCCUCAGCAAAACAUCAGGGGUUCUGGCCUUUAUGACUUCUUUCUACAUACCUGGCUUGAUUAUGUUGUGUGUCUACUGUAGAAUAUAUUUCAUAGCAGAAGGGCAGGCAAGAUCGAUUGAUGCAAAUCAGAAGCUUCAAAUUGGAUUGGAAGAGAAAACUAGAAUUUCACAAAGCAGAGAAAGGAAAGCUGCAAAGACAUUAGGGAUUGUGGUGGGAGUUUUCCUAACAUGCUGGUGUCCUUUCUUUGUCUGCACAGUCAUGGAUCCUUUCCUGGACUAUACAAUUCCACCCACCUUGAAUGAUGCAUUGGUUUGGUUUGGCUACUUGAAUUCCACUUUUAAUCCAAUGGUUUAUGCGUUCUUCUAUCCUUGGUUCAGAAGAGCACUGAGGAUGAUUCUAUUUGGUAAAAUUUUUCAGAAAGAUUCAUCUAGGUGCAAAUUAUUUUUAGAAUCAAAUCCAUAGAAUUAUUAUACUUUACUGUUUUGCAAAACAGUUGGUGAUCAAAUUUAUAAACACAACCUAAUCACAUCCACCAAAUGCAGGGCUUUUAUCGGUUAUUUGAGUCAGAGAUUGUAUAGUGAGAUGUGAUGCUUACAUCUUGCUUCUUAUUUACCAUUCUUACUGUACACACUAAAGUCUUGCAAGUCCAGAAUUUUAAGGACUUACAUUUUAAAGAACGUUUCCUGCCCUUAGAUGAACUGUCAUGAAAUUGAUAGUGGUACUUUACGCAAUUGUCCAGUAGUGGUAACUAAGGGGCUGCAUCUGGGGACACAAAUUAGAAUGACUUUGUCAUUCAUUUGUUUGAGUAUAUAUGCCUCUUCGUAAAAUAGACUAAAAGUGUACAUAAAACAUUAUCAGUAACUGUUUAUAUAUAAUUUGCUAUUUAU